AUGCGCGGCGUUCUCGUCACCUUCCUCGCCCUCGUCGCGGUCUCCGUCGCACAGGCUCCUGCCGAACCGUACACCGGUCCCUGCACCGACACCGCCUGCGGCGUCGAGAGCGAGGACUGCGAGGCCCAGGGCCGACAGUGCUUCCCCUUCCCCAACAUCGCCCCGGCACUCCGCGAAGGCUGU